AUAAAAAAAAACCAGUUUUCCCGAAUUCAACUCCUCCGCAUGGAAAGGGAGUUAAAGGGAGUUGAGCUGCAAUUUUCACUUCAUUUACUGCUUCAGUUUCUUCCUUUUAAGUCUCUCUAAAUCUAACCGACAUCAAUCUCAUCUGAACCCUGUUUUGUUUUUUUUAGACAAAAGCAAGAAAACAAGAAACCUUUCUUCAUCAUCAGAUUCAUCUCAGUUGACUCUCCCAAGUCCUUCCCCAUUUUUCUACUCUUAAUUCUUUUCCGUCAACAGAAAAAAAAGAAAAGAAAACCCUAGAUCUCUCUGAAUCGAAGUUCAGUCAGUCAUGGAAACCCUGAUUUCAUCAUCGAUUGUAGUUCAGGAUAACAACAAUAGCAGUAACAGUAACUCUAAUUCAGUUACUUCAACACCAUCUUCAUCACCACUGAUUACAAAAUCUGCUGGUGCUGCUGACGGUGGUGGUGGUAAUCGUUCUGAAGCUGAAGCUUCUUCUGAUGAUGUUGAUAUUCUAUUUUCACCUUCUUCACCUGGGUAUUUGAAGAGUGAAGAGUAUAGACUAUUGUUUCGAUUACCUUCUGAUGAAGUUCUUGUACAAGAUUUCAACUGUGCAUUCCAAGAGAAUAUUCUUCUUCAGGGUCAUAUGUAUCUGUUUGUUCGCCAUAUUUGCUUUUACUCAAACAUAUUUGGUUACGAGACUAAGAAAGCAAUCCCCUUCAAUGAAGUAACAUGUAUUCGGAAAGCAAAGACAGCAGGGAUCUUUCCUAAUGCCAUUGAUAUAAUUGCUGGGGGGAAAAGGUAUUUUUUUGCAUCCUUUCUGUCACGUGAUGAAGCUUAUCGGGCCAUUGUUGAUGGAUGGGCACAACAUUGUGAUGGUAUUGAGGACCGCAUAGAUCGACAGGAUUCAAAGUGUGAGAUCAAACUUCUUCUAGACAGUUUUCCUGCUACUCCUGAAAGAACCCCAGACAACGGACUUUCUACUCCAGACAGGAACACUGAUGCUCUUCUACAAGGACAUGAACUCUCGUUUGGUGGUAGUAACGGAAUUGUUGACGUGAAUAUUGCAGCAGAAAGACCUUCAGAAGUAGAAGAAAUUGUUGAACAUACAGAGCCAGUUGUAGCUGCUGAUCCUUCAUCUUCAUUACAGUCUUUGAGGUGGACUCCUGAGGAUGCUGAUGCUCCUCAAGUACCGGAAUUCUUCACUAAGGUUGCUGAGUCGAAGUUUGAGAUUCAAGUAGAAAAGUUUUUCAAUCACUUCUUCUCGGAUGCGGCUGUUGAUUUUGUUGAGUCCUUUCAUAAAAAGUGCGGUGACAAAGAUUUUAGGUGCUCCUCUUGGUAUGAGCAUGAAACAAUUGGGCAUGCACGUGAUGUGUCAUUUUUGCAUCCAAUUAAGUUAUAUUUAGGUGCAAAAUUUGGGCAGUGUCAAGAAGUCCAGAAGUUCCGAGUUUACAGAAACAGCCAUUUGGUGAUAGAGACAUCACAAGAAGUUGGUGAUGUUCCUUACGCAGAUUAUUUCCGUGUUCAGGGCCUUUGGGAUGUGAAAAAAGUUGGCAAUGAGACAAAUUUGUGCCUCGUGCGAGUUUAUGUUAAUGUGGCAUUUUCUAAGAAAACCAUGUGGAAAGGGAAAAUAGAAUCUAACACCAUUGAUGAGUGCCGUGAUGCCUAUGCUAUAUGGAUGGAAAAUGCACUUGAAUUAGUGAAGCAAAAGGCUCUUUCUAAACUAGAAAGUGGCGUUUCCAGUUCAAGUGUUAAUCCUAGUUUGAAUGCAACUCCAAAUGAUGAGGCUCAGUUAGAAACUGUGGGACCUUCAGAGCUAAAUGAUAACAGUCUCGAAAUUACCACACAUGCGGCAACUAACAGCAAGCACUCGAGGAAUCGCAGUCGUAGACGAGAGAGUCCUGUGCGUAGAGAUGCAAGUGAUGCAUCAUCAACCACAUCUCUACUUAGAGAGAUACUGGAGAGGUUUUGUGUGUUUAUGAAAAAUCAAAACCGCCUUCCACUGAUUUUGGUGAUAGCUUCUAUCUCGAUACUUAUUCUGAUGCAGCUGAGCAUAAUCGUCCUUUUAGCAAGACCUCCCCAAGUCCAUGUGAUAUCUCAAGUGGAUUACAUGAACAGUUUUGGGAACAACGGUGGAGAUAAAGCAGAAGCUGUAGCUUGGUUAGAGAAGCGUAUUCACCACCUCAAAGAUGAAAUGCUUAUGGUCGAGACUCGUCUGGAGAAGAUGCGACACGAGCAUUUACUCUUGAAAACUUAUCUAACAGGCCUUGAACAGUUUAAAAGUCGUAAAACAGAAUAAGCUGUAGACUUCCUUUUUUUUACUUGUGACCUAGAACUGUAUAUAUACAUAUGAGUGUCCAUUUCCUGUAUAACAAAAAGAAAGUUGGUAGAUGGAAUCAGCCAGAGAUUUGUAAUUACAGGACAAGCAUAUCAAUGUCCAUUUCCUGUAAUGAGAACAUUUUUUCUUCAGAUUACAUAAAAAAAUUUAGCGAUCUGAUGGUCCAGUGUCAUGCUUUUAACUAAAGCAGAUACCAGAGGCCUCGCUGCCAUCCUUCCUGUAAAAUUUGAAAAUUGAAAGAGAUGAUACUUGCUGGGCUUGAUUGUACA